AUGCAAGUGCAGGACGCCACGCUCCCGGCGCUAGCUUCUCUCCAAUGCAUCGUCACCCUGGGCCUUUCCACGUCUUCAGGUAAACCCCUCGCAGUAACUCCUGCAUUCCGAGAACUAUUCACUCUGUUCCCUUGGAUCUUUGCGCGCGUCACUCUGAUGCGUUUUUUGUUUGGUGUGGGGUGUGAAGGCCCCAACCCCAGCUCCAAGUCCUCCAGCAACGUCACCUUCGCCCCGCAGCCGCUCCUUGCCAAUGCGGGGCAGCAGCAUGGAGUAGCGGCGACGCUCGGCAUGGCGGCGCCGGGGAUGGCGGCGACGGAGGCCGGCCGGUUCUUCCUGCCGAGAGGGGUGGCGCAGCAGCAGCAGCAGCUCGAGAACUGGGGCGACUCCGUGUCCGGCGUCGUCGUCACCAGCCCGCUCACCGAGACCUCCACGGACCUCGACGACAGCGGCGACAUGCGCCACCGCGCCUCGAUGGGUGGCGGCGGCGGCGACGGCGACGGCGCUGGGCAGCGAAGGCUGGGCUGCGUGGAUUCCUCGGACAGAAGAGGGGACCAAAAGAUGUCUCGGAGGCUUGCGCAGAACCGCGAGGCGGCCCGGAAGAGCCGGAUCAAGAAGAAGGCUUACCUUCAGCAGUUGGAAAGCAGCCGAUCCAAGUUGGAGCAAUUGGAGCAAGAACUUCAGAGGGCAAGGCAGCAGGGAAUGUUUAUCGCGGGUGGAAGCUCCGGUGAUCACUCAAGUGGAGGUGCCUUGGCAUUUGAUUUGGAGUACGCACGAUGGCUUGACGACCACCAACGCCACAUCAACAACCUCAGGGUGGCCGUGGUCGCAAACAUGAACGACGACGAACUGCGCAUCCUUGUCGAAUCUGUGAUGUUGCACUACGACGAUCUCUUCAGCCUGAAGAGCUUCGCGACCAAGUCCGACGUGUUCCACGUCAUGUCGGGCAUGUGGAUGAGCCCUGCCGAGCGGUUCUUCAUGUGGCUCGGGGGGUUUCGUUCGUCUGAACUCCUCAAGGUUCUUGCGAGCCAGCUUGAGCCCCUGACGGAUCAGCAGCUGAUGGGCAUCUGCAGUCUGCAGCAGUCGUCGCAGCAGGCCGAGGACGCGCUGUCGCAGGGGAUGGAGGCCCUGCAGCAGGGGCUAGCCGAGACCCUGGCCGCCGCCGCGGGGGUCGGGCCCCUGGCCACCGGCGCCGACAACGUGACCAACUACAUGGGUCAGAUGGCCAUCGCCAUGGGGAAGCUGAGCACGCUCGAGAACUUCCUCCGUCAGGGCGACCUGCUGAGGCAGCAGACGCUGCAGCAGCUACACCGGAUCCUGACGACCCGGCAGGCGGCGCGCGCGCUGCUCGUCAUCAGCGACUACUUCUCCCGGCUCCGGGCGUUGAGCUCCCUAUGGCUGGCGCGGCCGAGGGAAUAA